UGACCAUUGAAUGAAUACUAUAUAAGCCUCCUUUAUUCUUGCUGUUGUAUUCAACUAACAGCUCACUGGUUAAGUUUUAAUUGCUUCCAAUGAGGUCAGCAAAGGUAUUUAUCGAAAAGCCCUGAAUAAAAAGGCUCCACACACACACACAAGCAUACACGCGCUCACACACAGAGAAAAUCCUCUUGCCUGUUGAUUUAUGGAAACAAUUAUGAUUCUGCUGGAGAAUUUCUCAGCUGAAAAAUAGUUUGUAGCUACAGUAGAGAGGCUCAAGUUGCACAAGGCAGACAGCAGCCAUGGAAUUCUUGUGUAUCCAGCUGUUAUCAACAGAACAAAUAGGAAGAGGUCAAUGACCUAGGAGCAACAAUCAACUCAAGAUUUAAUUUUCAUUAUGUUAUUCAUGAACACCCGGAGCACUACACUAUAAUGCGCAAAUGGAUACUGACAUGGAUCCUGCCAACUUUGCUCUACAGAUCAUGCUUUCACAUUAUCUGUCUAGUGGGCACUAUAUCUUUAGCUUGCAAUGACAUGACUCCAGAGCAAAUGGCUACAAAUGUGAACUGUUCCAGCCCUGAGCGACAUACAAGAAGUUAUGAUUACAUGGAAGGAGGGGAUAUAAGAGUGAGAAGACUCUUCUGUCGAACACAGUGGUAUCUGAGGAUUGAUAAACGAGGCAAAGUCAAAGGAACCCAAGAGAUGAAGAACAGUUACAAUAUCAUGGAAAUCAGGACAGUGGCAGUUGGAAUUGUGGCAAUCAAAGGGGUCGAAAGUGAAUACUAUCUUGCAAUGAAUAAGGAAGGAAAACUCUAUGCAAAGAAAGAAUGCAAUGAAGAUUGCAACUUCAAAGAAUUAAUUCUGGAAAACCAUUACAACACAUAUGCAUCAGCUAAAUGGACACACAGCGGAGGAGAAAUGUUUGUUGCUUUAAAUCAAAAGGGGGUUCCUGUAAGGGGGAAAAAAACAAAGAAAGAACAAAAAACAGCCCACUUUCUUCCUAUGGCAAUAACAUAAUCAUAUAUGGUAUAUAAGAAACCAGUUCCAGCAGGGAGAUUUCUUUAAGUGGACUGUUUUCUUUCUUUUUCUCUUUUCUUUUCUUUUCUUUUUUUUUUUUUUUAAGUAACCAAGAAAGGCUGGAAAACUACUGAAAAACUGAUCAAGCUGGACUUGCGCAUGUAUGUUUAUUUUAAGAGACUGCAUUAAAGAAAGAUUUGAAAAAUAUGCACAAAAAUCAGAUUUAGUAACUAAAAGUUGUAAAAAAUUGUAAAACUGGUUGUACAAUCAUGAUGUUAGUAAUAGUAAUGUUUUUUCUUAAAUUAAUUUACCCUUAAGAGUAUGUUAGAUUUGAUUAUCUGAUAAUGAUUAUUUAAAUAUUCCUAUCUGCUUAUAAAAUAGCUGCUAUAAUAAUAAUAAUGCAGAUGAUGGUAUAUAAGAUAUGUCAGACCUAAAGGCUGCUGGAAUGAUUUGUCAGAUAAUCAAGUCAAUACUAACUAUGGAAGAUGAGCAGUAUUUGAAAGGCUUUUUAGUGAAAAAUUAAAAUCCACUUAAAUUCUAAUCAGAAAAGAAAGAAUAUUCUCAAAAAUUCUACUAUUGAAUGGAAUCAAAUAGGUAGUUUUACAAAAGCAUAAUAUUAGAAAAUGCUUAUACCUAUUAACAAGAAGAAAAUUCCUAAUGCUGCUCAAACUGAAAGGGUAUUGCUAAAAGGAUGUUUUCAAAAAUCUUGUAUAUAAAAUAGCAAUGAUGAUGAUAAUACUGUACUGUACUUCAUCUCACUUGCCACAAAAUAACAUCUUAUAAUCCCUAAAAGUAAAAUUGAGAAAUCUUUAAGUUUUUUCCAAGUAACAUAAUCUAUCUUUUGUAUAAUUCAUAUUUGGGAAUAUGACUUUUAAUAAUGUUCUUCCCGCAAAUAAUCAUGCUUUUUUUCUGUGGUUACAGCAUUAAACUCUAUUUUAAGUUGUA